AAAAUAGCUCACUACGCAAGGAAACUAGACAGUCACACAGUUGUAAAUAUAUAGCAUAUAUUUGUUAUGAUAUCAUUAGUAUAUGGGAUGGGUCGUAGUUUUCCUUAAUGUUUUCCUCAAUUAAUUCUCGAAAACUAUGAAACAAAACGAUGGUUGAAGUAAUCGUGGAAUACGACUACAGUGCCAAGCAGGAAGAUGAGCUAACCCUAAAGAAGGGCGACGUAAUCAAGAAUGUCGUCAAAAAGUCGGGGGGCUGGUGGGAGGGCACCCUUAAUGAUAAAAAAGGGAUGUUUCCUGAUAACUUUGUCCGGGUGAUGGAUAACGAUUCGGUGGUGUUGCGGAACAAGAAAGAUCUCACUCGGAUAAGACAGUGCAAAGUCGAUUUCAGUUAUGACCAGGAACAUGAGGACGAGUUAACGUUAAAAGUGGGUGAUGUAAUAGAUAUUAUCGGGGAGGCGGAAGAUGGUUGGUGGAGAGGCAUUUUGAAUGGAAAGGAGGGUGUGUUCCCUUCUAAUUUUGUAACUGAACUUCCUCCGCUCGCUGUUAACAAACCGAGGCCUAGUUUAAGGGAAGACUUAAAAAUUCCUAAUGACACUCUCCCUUUGUUGCCGAGAAAGCCUGCAAAACAACUCUGUGAAGUCAAGUAUUCAUACAAGGCGCAAAAUGAUGACGAGUUAACCUUAAAAGAAGGUGACAUUGUAGUCUUGUUGAGCAAGGACGGUGAAGAUCCUGGAUGGUGGAAAGGGGAACUCAAUGGCAAAGUGGGAGUCUUUCCCGAUAAUUUUGUUGUCCUCUUGCCUGGUUCUGAUGACAAGAAACCCAUAAAUGUGGAUCCCGCCGAAAUUGGUGCAAUUAAGCCUAGCUCAGUAGCUUCGCAACGUAAAAGUCUUGAAGUCAAAAGCGAAAAGCCUCUCGUGGAGAAUAAAACACCUCCACUUCCGGGCAAGAAGCCUAUCAUAUCGUUAAAAAAAUCACCUAGCGCUAGCGGGGUCGGUUUGUUCUCUAAGAUCAAAGAUAAACUUAUGACGGACGCCCCAGAUGGUUCAGGCGGAAGUAAACCCAAGACUGAACCGGUCCCUACAAAUAAGGACAGCGGUAGUGGAGAUAAUGUGUUCGAUCAGGUUGAACGAAGGUCUUUGUUGUCCGAUGUUAGGGCCAACAGGGCACGAGCUCCAGGGCGAAGGCUUCCCACUUCCAUAUACAAAGAGGACGACGAAGAAAUCCCGGGCCUGCCCAACGGAAACGUGGACCAUCACAACGCCGUUCCGGUUGGUAAAGCGGAAAGGACCGUCAAACCCGAUUCCGGCGGCAAAUCGGAGUCGAUCAAAAGCGAGCCUUUGGACUCGUCGUCCUCGUCGGAGCUAGACGCCGCCGAAGCCAAACCCAAGCUGAGGGAAUGGGAGAAACACAAAGCGCCCUGGCUGGAGGAGAUGAAACUAAACCAGGCGAAGAGGACCUCGACGUCUCCCGGGCCUGAACCGAAGCACAAACUGUCCUCGGCCCCCGAACCCAAAUCGGAACCGGAAGUGUCCAAAUCCAGUCAGAGUUCGCCCGCCGAGAAGGAAUUCCAGAUCGUCGACAUGUCCAAGUCGAUGUCCGAUAUCAAGACUAGUCCGGUGGAAGUGUUGAAACCUUCGGUGAACCCCAAGACGUCUCCUGGCGAGCUGGAGAAGACGCCUAGUAUGCGGUACAAGCCCUAUAUGCCCGCUCCGCCCGUUAGCAAACCCCCCGUCGCAAAUUUGCCGGCCAGAGAUCAGGUAUCAAAGCCGGCCUCCAUCCCACCCCAGCCGAAACUGUCACCAAAACCGUCAUUCUACGAGAACGCGGUGCUCUCGAAGGCACCGGUUGCGACCGAGCCUUCCACGGAAGCUACGGUUAGCCUGAAGAACUUCAACGACGUUCUGGAGAGGCUGUCCAAGCUGGAGGCGAUCGUCGAACGGCAGGCCCAGGCGAUCGACGACUUGAAAAACCGACUGCAAGUGGAGAGCGACAUGAGGGUACUGCUGCAGGAGAAGAUGUCGCUGAACAAUGUACAGGUUUGAGGACGGGUCGCUGUGUUUAAAGUUUUUUUUUUAAUUUAUAUCUAUCGAAGUAUAUUUUUUUAUACGAGCUAUUGGGGUAUAUCGAUAACUUAAGGGAGAAUUUUAUCCUGUGUCGGUGUCAAAUGAGUUUUUUUUUUUUUUAAUAUUUGCUGCUACUGUCAGGAUCGUUCGGCCAUCUAAUUAGGUUACGAUCGGCGUUCUUCUUGCUUAAAAAGCGAAGAAAUUUGUGUGAAUGAUGCGCGAGAGUGUAAAUAAUUGUAUAUGGAGUUUUGUUUUUUUGCGGGGUUGCGAAAGGUAGCUAGAAAAUAUAAAUGUUCUAAAAGGGUCUACAAUAUUCAAAAAUCAAAAAUAUGAGUACAAGCCAUAAACUCGAGGGGUUAACCACUGUGGUAAAAAUUUCCACCCCAUGUCGCAGAAUGUCAUAUGAUUUCGCAAGAUUUCGCAUGAUGGUCGAGGUAAAUAAUUUUAAUUAAUUAAUAUAAUUAACUAAUUAACUAUUACUUAAUCAUUUCUUAUAAUAGUUAAUAAUAAAUUUUAACUAAUAAAUAAUCAAUUAAUUAAUUUAAUUUCAAUUUCACUACUACUAAGACUCACAAAUUAAACUUCUGUGGUGGGAAUAAGACUGAGGAAGAAGCUAUACAGCUAUUAAUCGUUUUUAUACGUUACGCACAAAAUAUACAGGCUCAUUUUAUCCCAUUUCGGUGCGUUUUUGGAUUUUUUUUUUAAUUGUGCAAUUUUUAAUAUGCGGGGUGUCCAAAUAGCGUGUCAAAAUAAACAUCUGGUUUAUUUGCUUUAGAGAAAAAUAAUACAAAAGUUAUGGAUGAGACUAAAAGAAAUAAUUUAAAAUUGUUUUCAAAUAAUUCAUAAAAAACCAGCCAAAAUUAUAUUUUUUUGAUUGUAUUAUACCAUUAAUAUAUACUAUACUCCCUUUUAUACUUAGUCACCCAAUGUAGGGUUGACCAACAAUUUUAUAAAUUGGUAAUUUAUCCUAUACUGGCCUCGAAGUUAGUUGGAAUCGUUUAUACAGAGUCAAAAUGGAAAAUAUUAAUUUUCGUGGAAAAAUCAAAUGGAACAUAUACUUCCAUUAAUUACUCUUAUUAAUGCUGUUUCAAGUUUAUUAAGCCUGUCCUAUAGCUAAACGUAGUAAUACUGGGAGUAUCGACUAAUGCCACAAUGUACAGGGUUUUCCAUUUAAAAAAAUAUGUUUGAUUUCCUACAUGUAUGCUUGAAAAUAAUUUUAAAUUGUUUCUUUUAGUCUCAUCUAUAACUUUUGUGUUGAACAUUUUUCUCCUAAACAAAUAAUAAAUGCGAUAUAUUACUUUGACACACUAUUUGGGCAUCCUGUAUAGUUUUAAAAAUUGUAUUAUUUCCAAAAUGGGAGAAAAAAAAAAUCUAAAUAAUUUUAACUGUUUGUAACCUUCAACUCUAUCAGAAGGACUGGGAUAGGGUGUGUAAAAAUUAGCUUCCAUUGUCGUAAACAGAUUCCAUUGCGAUUUUACAAAAUAAUUGGAAGCAAUCGUUAUGAAGACGUUUAGGUUCAAAAAUCAUUUCAUUUAAUGAAAAUUCAAAAAACAAAAACAAAAUUCAAAAUCUCGUGGAGGUAUUAAAUACCACUAUAAUUUGUUUUCUAUUUUAAUGCUUUAGCCGAAGCCUUACCAAUGCAGAUAAAUUACGAAAAAUAGAAUAAAUUUUUUUAAAUUUUUUUAUGGAUGAAAUUUGUUAAAAAAAUACACUAUUUGUUUUAUCAUCUUCUAAAGUAAAUUAUGCAAAUUAAAACACGUCUAUAAAUAUUUUUCAAAGUUUGUAAAUAUGUACCGGGUGGCGAAAGUUCUUUGGAUUCACUUUACAAGAUUUUUGCAUUUUCAUGGACAACUAACCACUUUCUUAUUUUAAAUGAAACACUCUAUAUAUAGGCACUUUAUAUAGGCGAUUUAAUAUACUAGUCUUAAAUUUCAUUAUUUCUGAGAAAUUUUCAAUUUUAUAUCGAAAGUGAUGUUUACAUUCCUUGGCGAAGUGUUUUGGGUUGCUGUCAUGUUAAAAAGUGAACCACAAACUAAUAUUUGUCGAUAAACGUACCUAUCUAUUUUUCCCUCAAUCUAAUGAAUACACCAACUCCAUGUUUAUCUGGUGAACAAACGUAUGUAGGAUCAAUCCUUUCAUUAUCUGGGCGACAUAUCCAUCUUGCACCAUUACUUCUAAAUAUACGAAAAAGCGAAACCUUUGAAGAAGAAGUUUUUUUCGUGGCUUUUCGUGUUUACAAACUUGCUUCAACCAAACUCUGCCCUUGGUGAUACUUCUACUUAAAGAUGUCGAACCUUGUGUUGCAGAAGGUUGUAAGUCAUUUUUAAAAAUCCUUUUUAUGUAUUCAAUUGCUUCGUAGUUUUUCGGUGUUUACAUUAUAUCGCAACAGAGCAAAAUUUACCUCAAUUAUUACCGAACAAAUGUUAAACUUAAAAAAUUUCUUUAACUUUGUCCCGGGAUGUUUGCCGAAAAUAAAAACAUCACAAUAAAAUGAGAUAAUUGUCAUAGUUAAAUCAAAAAAAUAUAAAUGGUUGCUUUACUUUUGUUCCAUACUUUAUAAUAGAUGCCAAUUUUUUUAAAUGAAAUAAAAUUCUUUAUUUGAAUUUUAAUGAGCACUUAAAGCGUACUUAUUGUUCUAUUUACCUGUGGUAAUAUUAAAAAAACUAACGUCAUCGACGACCUCGACGCGUACGCGCGUCAUAUGUGAGCCUAAUUUGUUCAUUUAUUCAAAGGUGACGUCACCCGCCGUCCAAUGUCAUUUUAGAUUUUGUGAACUGGGAUUUGUUGAGUUUUUCCAGUGUUUCGCGCAGUGGUUAACACCUCCCAUAAACCUUUGACAGUUCACUUAUACACACAGUCUAGUCAGCAAAAAAAAAAGAUGGUAUCGUUUGGGUACUCGCAACUUUUUAAUUUUUUCACGUGCCACCUAGUAUCGGGUGUUCAUUUUCGAUAUAGCUUUUUUUAGCUUGCGGUGUUUUUCUAUUUUUAUAUCGCUCUGUGGUGUUUUUGUAGCGGCGGCCUCUCCGUUUUUUAUUUGUAAUGAAAAUCUGCAGUAGUUCAAAUGGCCUGUCGCUAUAAAAUCCGCACCGGCAGCGUUUAAGCGCCGGAAAUUUGCGCUUAAAUCUGUAAGUAUUAAGUAAAAGAGUAUUAAAAUCUGGGUGAUAGGUAUUUCGUGCUUUUACUGUAAAAUAUAAUUUUUAAAACGUACCAUUUCGCAUUUUAACGAACUUUUUUGGUUCUAUUUUUACAUACUUUCCGUAACAACGCCUAACAUUCCAUUUUUAUCCUUAUAUUAUAUUACCUAUUGUUGUAAAUAAAACGUAAGUUUUGCGGAAAGAAAAAAUUGUAAGUACUUAGAGUUUAUUGUUGCUAUAUAAUAAUGAAUACUGUAUGAAAUUAAGAGAAACAAUAAAAAUUUAAAAAUUGUGUUAAUUAUUAUUAUAAG